UUAAUUUUUGCACGGGGCACGGGUUCCCGGCUUCAUUUUCAUUGACGUGAUUCAUUUUUUGUUUUAUUUGACGUCUUUUGCACUCAGCGCCACUUUUGUAGGAAUUUUUUAUCACCUCACAGACCUAUAAAUAUGCAUAUGUAAACAAUCCAAGGUUGUUUGAAGAUCCUCACUUUGGUAUCGUUUUUUAUCGUUGUAUUGCAAUGGAUAAAAUUAUAUUUCGAUCUUCACUAUGUACAUUGCGGCGGAAAUUCUGCACUCCGGCUCCAGGAGCUAACGAGCCCACCAGCCGUGCUUCAGUGACUCCAAAUUACAAACCUUCGGAAUUUCAGAAGUUCAUUUUAGUAUGGACCAAGAAAUAUAAGAGCAAAGCUGAAAUACCUCAAUAUGUAUCGCUAAGCUUGAUAGACAGGUCUAGGAGUGAAGCAAGGAUUAAGAUAUCAAACAUUUUGAUAUUCCUCACCUGCCUUGCCAGCUUAGGAGCUGUGUUAUCUGGCAGAGCCGCAGCUAAGCGAGGAGAAUCUGUCCACCAAAUGAACUUAGAUUGGCAUAAACAAUAUGAAGAGGACUAUAAGAAGAAACAUGAGACAGACAAUAGCUAAACACUUUAUAAAAAAUGACCCAUUAAUACUCUGCUUAAGUAGAUUGCUUUAAUAACAAAUGUACAAAAACUUGAUUGAUAUUCUAAGUAUAACUAUUUAAAAUAAAUUUUAUUUCCUCUUAA